AUUAAAGAGAUUAAUACUGAUAUAAUAGAUUUGCUUGACUCUGCUGUAGAUAAAAUAAAAGACAAAAUUGUUAAAGAUUUAGAUAAAGAAAUUAAAGAUGAGAAGAAUGAAUUACAAGAUGAUUGGAUGCAAUUAGUAGAGAUAGAAACAGCAGGAACUGAUAAAUUAUAUCUUAUUAAAGCAAUUAGAGAUAGACUUGGUGAGAUAGCAGAGAUGAAAUCUGAACCACUGAUACUUGUGCUUGCACCGACAGAA